AUGGUGUCGCCCGGCGCGUCCACCAACGCGACUUCGUUCCUACCAUCGUCAGCAGAUCUGCUCAUGGCCUUUCCUCGUCUUCUCUCCAAAGUUAGUUCUUUGGGUGAUAUGAUGCGCGCAGGGGGUAGCGUGAUAGCAGAGCCAACGGCGAACCUAACCAACAAUACAAUAACUUCCACAGUUGCUUUUAUACAAGAGUCUCAUUCUACAGCCGCUGCUGCAGUGGCGGCAUCUUCAGAAAGUGAUAUGACGGUGUGGCAGGCUUUGAGAAAUGUAGCGACAUGGUUCAGCUACAUAACAUCAAAGUGGGCAAUUGCUACGUUUGCUAUUGCAAUUCUCUUGAACCGCACUCACUUUUACGGAAACAGCCGCAUACCUCUAUCUUUCGACCGCCUCUACCUGCGUUUCACUCUCUACGUUAUGCCCCUGUUGUUGUUCCUAUACCAAAUUUCGAAUGUGCUCCGAGCGAUACGAUGUCAAACCUCCCCCGACUGGUCAGAAAUGCAAUAUGGAGCAAGUGGCAGACAUCUGGAUACCGAUUUCGGCGGCGAGGGUGGUUUUAUCUGGCGUCUUGCAUCGUCAAUCUUAUUCUGGGAAACUACCGAAGAGUCUUGCCACGCUGUGAACAUGCUUCCACAAGAUUCAUCGGCAACAAGAGAUUCUGGGUCGCUGGCUCUCCUUUGGCCCAUUUUCCUGUCUUUGGGGUUUGGCCAAUUCAUCGACACUUUAGCCUGCGCUCUUCAGGGCAGGCGCCCUAUUCAAGAAGUUGGAAUGACUCUCUUCGAACACUCACUUGCAUUCGCCGAAGCCGAAGCUGUUGUUACUAGGCCGUUGGCAGUCGAUUCAACACGCUUCUUCAAGCCAAAGCCUGUAUUCGCACCGAACGGCACGUCACUCAUGCUGCAGAGAACGCAGCUCUCCAAAAUCGCUAAUGUUCCCCCGGAAGUUUUGCUUAUAUCUCUUAUAUCAAGUGUUAGCCAUUUCACAAGCAACCUGUUAGCGAUCGCAGGAGUGCGUUCAAAGUACCGACUGAUUACUACCACAAUCUGGGGACUGGCAUACAUUUCGGCUUUCGCUUGGAGCUUUGCUCGCCUCACAUGGAUGGUCGCUGACCCAGACAAUUAUGUGGGUAUAUUGAGGUUUCCCACUGUGUGCAUCAUUGGCUUCAUUCCCCACCUAUUGAUUAUACUUGGUAUGAUUGCAUGCGGCGUUAUCUACUUGCUAGCUCUUCUCAUUACAGCGUUUUCCCUUCCGGCAAGACAAAACGAAUCUCUCACACUGCGCGAGAGAUUUGCAGCUGCCUACAGCAACCUUCACGCCAACAUCCAUCUAUCGUCAGUUUCACCCUUGACAAUUAACUGGCAUGAGGACUUUUAUACUACCAUUCUCAAGGUGGGCUAUGUGAUUCUGACUGCCGCGAGUGAGGCAGUCUUUCUGAAUGAAGGCACCAAGGUCAACGUGCACGCUAUGACCUGGCUAGAGAAGCAGCGACUUCAAGAAAUCCUUGCUCGUCGGAGAAGACGUCGAGAAAUGCUCGUCGACAUUCCAGCAGAGCUCAGAAAUGAUACAUUCGCUCAAGGCGUUGAGGUGAUCGAUCAGCUCAACGACGGAAGAUCAGACGCAUCAACCUCAGGCUAUGCAAAGGAGCGGAAGACUAGGAGCGCCAAAACAUCUACCGACCCUUCGGGUUCCAUGGGACAUGAUGACCCAGCCCGCCACCAGCGCGGCCGCUACGUUCAGACUUAUAGAUUCUUCGUCCGUAUAUCGAGGCUAGUCAUCCUUGGUGUCGCAAAAGUCACAGGCUGGUUUCUAAUGAAGGUUGGCAUAAAUUACCGGCCGAUGUGGCUGAGGCGUGCUGCUGGCGCUUAUGAAGCCGAGAAGGUAUAUUCGCUAGCAUCGCGUUCAGAUCGGAUAUCAGCCAGCCAGUCGUGGCUUACCUUGGACAAUCGUAAUCGGAUUCGUCAGGACCCGACGUUUGAUGUCGAAUCGUUUGCAAAAGAGAGGCUUCGACAGAGCGGCUUCUACUCUGAGCCGGAUACGGAAGAAUCUGAGGAACGUCUCAACGACUACCUUUACUCUUGGUGGCGGAAUGGCAGUCUUUGGAACGAAGUCGACAACAGCAGAGACUAUGUGGUCGCACAGGACGAUGAUACUACUAGUGUAGUUUCGUUCGCCACCACAACUGACAACGACGAAUGGUCUGAUAUUGACGAUGGACAGAGAACGCCAACGCGCGACACAUAUCGACACAGUCGAGAGGAGACACCCUCGGUGGAUGACGCCAUGGAUUUCUCACGCCUUUCGCAGCUCCUCGAUCCGAAAACAAAAGAAGAUCGCGAGGAGGCUAAGUUACUAUCUAGACAUCUUCAGAGCCCCAAUAUCAUGACGCGCUCGCAAUAUCGUAAGGCUCUAGAGCGAGAUGAAGCCAAGGUUUUGACAACAUCACGUUACCAAGUAGGCGGUGACAUAGCAAUGUCACCAGAGGAAGAGGAGCAGCUCCUUGAAGACUUUAUCCUCAGCCGCCGAAGCGCCACAGCACCGCCGGGCAGGAGCAAUGCUGGCAGCUGGGAUACAGGGGCAGAAGGCAUGGGCUCUGAAGGGCCUCAUUUUAUGCAGCCAGAGCCCACAAACGUAUCGCAACGCGCCUCCCAGCAACACGCCACCUUUGACGCCGCAACCACUUCCCAGCAUGGACACCGUCGCAAUGAUAACUUGCAGGACUCUCUGCAGCCACACUUUGGUGGGCCGUGGGGAGAUCCCGGAGUCCCAGUCGGUAGACCUACACGCGAUACGACAGAUUUGCCCCAAGUCAUCGACCGCUUCACCCCUGUGGAAACCAAUGGACUGAAGGGCGGUGCGCGACCCUCACCACCUCCGAGGGACAGGAUCACCGAAUAUGAAAACGCGCUAACCAACUCACCGCGAAAGCCUGCUGAUGGUCCUCUUUUCGAAGUUGUUAAGAGCAACAGAAACCCAGACGACAAAAGCUGCCCUAUCGCGAAGCUGCCAAAUGAGGUACUUAUUCAUGCUAUUGCGCAUCUUUCACCCAACGAUCUUGCCGCAGUCUCUCUUGUUUCUCGCCGCUUUCACGAUGUCGUCACUACUCCGCACGCAUGGCAGGUGGCUUUUGGUCGCUCUUUUCCAGGUCCACACGCGCUCGAAGACGCGCAAUAUCGUUCAGCCUUGGAAGACAGCGGCGAUGCUGUACGGUCUGAGAAGAGGAGGUUCACUAGACUUACUGCAUUGGCGUCAUGGAGAAGCGAGUAUAUCUUGCGAACAAGACUUUUACGAUCCCUGGUCCGAGGCAAACCCGUUCAAGUACCUACAACACCGUCCCGCGCCGGCCAAAUGCAGACAGUGGCCCCAAUGAUCACCUAUGAUGCCAAGACAUAUACUAUUAUCAAUCACCUACACGCAACAUUUGGAUCCGGUCUAAAUAACAAAAUGCCUCGAUUCAUUCAUGGCGCAGACGACGUUGGCAUGGUAACUAGCAGCGAUCCAAUGGCUGGCAAAGUAGAUCCUUGGGGACAAAGCGAUCCUCACUUUUACGCUCAGUUCGCAGAACGUUUUCCAGGCGUUGCUGAAUGGGGACUAGGUUCUGGAGAUGUCGUUGGGUGUCCUAACGUAAUGGAUAUAUCACAGCCCUAUGGUAUGAUUUAUGGUCAGGGCUGUCCAGAAGGCUCCUGCUACUACCGUUCACUCGAAGAAAUGAGGGGUCGCUUCAUCGCUGAGCCUACCGAUCUUACCAUGCCAGAAGCUGGUAUACCCAAGCUGGGUACUAAUAUAGGCGCCGCAUGCAGCGUCUGGAUCGCGAAAUCAAACACCAUUCCAACGCUUUCUGAGGGCUUGAUUGGUAUGAUGAUUGGCUCUGCAAAUGGUGUUGUCAGUGCUUGUAGCAUUGGCACAGAUGGUCUCCGCUCGUCUCGUGUACAGCGCGGUGAGUUAACUGCGCGCUGGGUUCUCAGUCCAGGUGUACCCAUCAUUGCUAUUGCCGUGGAUGAGCAAUACUCGUCUAAACGCUAUGCCCAGAACCGAAUUUGGGCAGUCGCUCUGAACGCCCUUGGUGAGCUAUUCUAUCUCACCAAGUUCCCAACUCGUAGUCAGACUCCAAAGGGCGAUGUCGAGCAAUAUUCCGAGUACCUGGCGUGGCUGACUGGCCGGAGCGUGUAUUGGAACAUUGUUGAACCCAGCAGGCGCAGUGCGAGACCUGAUCCGUACAGCGAUGCCGAAAUAGAUGGGAGUUACUCACCUCGUACAUCAUGGGAUGGCAUGUGUCUGAGCAAAGGGCAGAUUGCUGCAGAGACCAAAGAAAUCCAGCAAUACCUACAAAAGCCGCCGAAACAUUUCCGUAAAGUAUGCCUCGGAUGGGAUAUGCGUAGAAGACUUGAAGUCGACUUUGCCGGCGAUGAUGGCAACGAUGUUGGCGAGGCAAUAGUUGUGUUUGAAUGCGGCUUGGAAGAGGGUGACGUCGCUAAUAUUACACGCUUUACUCGAUGCAAAGCAGAUGAGAAGGAUCAGAGUCCAAACACGCCAAUCCGGAUGCCGACAGCAUUUCCUACUCAGACAUCUUCAUUAUUUGGCGGCGUAGGCCCGGAGGUCCCGGGUCUAGCAAGUGUCUCGCCGCGUGUUCGCAGCUUAUCGUACAAAUCCACGACUAGUUCACCUGAACGAGCGAGUCUGGUGGAAGAGUGGCGGUGUUCGAAGCUUGGAUUCGGUGGCUUCAAGAACACGCAAAUCACCACGACUACACUAGAUACCUCUACAUUUGCCACUCUCACUCUAUCCGAAGACCCUGCACUCGGGUUCUCGACCACAUCAACUGCGUCUUCGCCAUAUGCCUCGCCAUUAUCAGUCGCAAGUCAGCCUUCAUCUCCGUCCGACAUACCAGGUCAACGCGCACGAUAUGUAGCUGCUGGUACAAAAUCCGGUGUCGUGCUUCUUUGGGAUAUCCGGUUACCUGUGUCGCGUUCUGCGCAGUUUCAAAACACCAUUGAGCCUAUCCGUAUUAUCUACACCGACUCGCCUGAGAUUUCGUGCUUGGCAGUCACCUCUCUGUAUCUUGUCGUGGGUGGAAAUGAUGGUCUGGUGCAGGCCUGGGAUCCUCUCGCUUCAACCAUGUCACCGGUUACGACGUUGCACUCACGCCACGCCUCGCGUGCUCGAAGACAGCUCGUACAGGCCCAAGCUUCUGUUCAAGGUGUCGGGAUCAAUAUGUUUGCUGCUGGCGCUAUAUACCUAGAUCCCGAUCCAACAGUUCUGCGUGGUGCUGUGUCGCUUGGCAACCAGCUCCGCUUUUGGAGCUACAGCUCUUCUGCGGCUGAUCAGUACAGAAGCAGCAAGCGCAAGCUUCGGCGUGCAGAGCGCGGAAGUAACAACACCGGAGAGCGCUUCCCUGGUGCUGGCCGGGCUAAUCUGAAAAACUACAUUGCCAAUGAGCAGUUCGAAUUGGAACGUGACAGAUUAGAACGCCAUAAGCAAGCUGAACAUCUGGCGGGGCGCUUUGGUACGGAAAUGUUGAGUGAAGAAGAGGCAUUGGCGUAUGCUGCGAUGCUUUCUCAGGAAGCAAUGGAAGCUGAGGAACAGCGCCGUGUUGAGCUGGAGAUGAGUGCAUUGAGCAGUGAGACUGUGACUCCGGAGUCUAGUGUUCGGGGCCAGGCCUCAACAUCUGUCCUUGAAAAUGACGAAGAGCUCGAUGCGGAUAUUGCCGAAGCCAUACGCCUUUCUCUCAACGACAACCAAGGUCCCGACAUGUUUACAUCUACAUCGACGCCUCCAUCUGCCUAUGACAUUCCGAUCAAGUAUGCUAAAGGCAAGAAGAAUUCGCCUGCACGCUCUCGAAACGACACUCCCCAGAGGGUAAUGGCUGGAUCAAGCAUCGAGAAUGAAAUGUCGGAUCUGGAGUUUGCGAUGCAGCUUAGUCUUGCUGAGGAGCAGAGUAGGAAGGAUGCCGAAGAUGCCUUUCCUCCACUCAGUCCUGCACCUGGUAGGAAGGGUAAGGGAAGAAUGUGGUAA